GACAGAAAUAACAGUUGCACAUCACGCGUCGCUGACUGGCUGUGCUAUUAGCGCGCUUUUCACUAAAUAAAUUCACGAUUGUGUCGUUAUUUAUCUGUGGAUUUACGUUGAGUUUCUCUAAAGCAGACAUGUCUCGCAUUGCUGAAUAUAAUGCGCAGUUCGCAUCCAGGUUCUGUGCGGAGGACGCAGAGUUUCAGCGGUAUCGGGAGCGCGCGGCCGAUCCACCGCCGGUGCUGGAAGAAUGGAGAGCGCGCGGACGCAGAGAUAAACGAGUUCCGGAUCAGUGGCCGCAGGAGCGCCACAACCGGCGCUGGUCUGACCGCGGCGACGAACGUAAAUCCGCUCACGAUUCCCACAGCCAGAGGUCACAUUACCGACACCUGUGACUCUCAAUGUUUUCUUCUUUUGCCUGAUCAUUAUUAAAACGUGCUGGUUGUUAUGUU